AUGGCGGCGGCGGCGGGCGGCAGGCGGGCCAAGGCCCCGCGCGGGGCGGCGGCGCGGCGGCGGCCACGGCCGGCGGCACCGGGCACCGAUGGGAGACCGCGGGCGACGGCCGGUCGGCCCGCCGACGAGGAAGUGUCCAGCGAUUCCGAGACAGAGAGCCCGUUGUUGGGGCGGCGGCGGCGAGAGGCAGCGGAGGAGGAGGUGGAGGAGACGCCGCAGGAGAAGAAGCUGCGCUUGGCCAAGCAGUACCUGGAGGAGCUCCGGCAGCUCGAGGAGGAGCGGGCGGAGGACGAGGAGGAGCUCGAGCCGGCGGAUCUCAUCGGCGACCGCCUGAAGGAGGACGUGCUGGAGCAGAGAGGCCGGCUGCAGCGCCUGGUCGCCAAAGAUGUACAGCCCCCAGAUCCAGCCAGGAUCCGUGUGCUGCGGGGACACCAGCUGCCCGUUACCUGCCUCGUCAUCUCUCCUGAUGACAAAUUCAUUUUUUCUGCUUCCAAGGACGGCUCCCUCAUCAAAUGGGAGGUGGACAGUGGGAAGAGGCUGUGCGUGGUGCCCGGGGGGAAGAAGGGCACGGAGGAGCGGCACAUGGGGCACGCGUCCCAGGUCCUUUGCAUGGCCAUUUCAUCGGACGGCAAGUACCUGGCUACGGGAGACAGGAACAAGCUGAUCAUGAUCUGGGAUGCCGCCACCUGCAAGCGCCUGCACAUCUUCACGGGGCACCGCGACGCCGUCUCGGGCCUGUCCUUCCGAAAGGGCACACACCAGCUGUACAGCGCUUCCCACGACCGCUGCGUCAAGGUCUGGGACGUGGCUGAGAACGCAUACGUGGAGACCCUGUUUGGACACCAGGACGUCAUCACAGGGCUGGACAGCCUGAGCCGGGAGUGCUGUGUGACUGCGGGGGGACGGGACGGCACCGUGCGGCUCUGGAAGAUCCCCGAGGAGUCACAGCUCGUCUUCUCUGGGCACCAGGGCUCCAUCGACUGUAUCCAGCUCAUCAACGAGGAGCACAUGGUGUCUGGUGCAGAUGAUGGGUCUGUAGCCCUGUGGGGGCUGACGAAGAAGAAGCCGCUGGCGCUGGCUCGGCAGGCGCACGGCGAGCAGGGCACCGAGGGCCUGCAGCAGCCCUGCUGGGUCUCAGCCGUGGCUGCCCUGCGCAACAGUGACCUCCUGGCCACAGGGUCCCACAGCGGCAGCGUGAAACUCUGGAAGUGUGGGGAAGGAUUUCGGAAGCUGGAGCACCUCUUGGACAUCCCCUUGGUGGGUUUUGUGAACAGCCUCAAGUUCUCAGCAGCUGGUGACUUCCUGGUGGCUGGCAUCGGGCAGGAGCACCGGCUUGGACGGUGGUGGAGAAUCAAAGAAGCCAAAAACAGUAUCUACAUCAUCCCCCUGAAGCAGAAGACCACAACCUCCAGCCCUGAAUCCCCUGGCAGCUCCUAGCCCUCUGUCCCUGGAGCCACUGGAGCAGGUCAUUCUGUCCCUGGAGCUGUGCCCCCAUCCUUGGUGCAGCCACCACCGUGCUCAGCAGGAUGUGAGUGGGGGUUGUCCCAUGGCCCCUGAUUCUGCUGGCCCCCAU